AUGGUGCACGUGUCUUUUUACCGCAACUAUGGGAAGACUUUUAAGAAGCCCCGUCGUCCAUAUGAGAAGGAGCGACUAGAUGCUGAGUUGAAGCUUGUUGGAGAGUAUGGACUUAGGUGCAAGAGGGAACUCUGGAGGGUUCAGUAUGCACUGAGCCGCAUCAGAAAUGCUGCAAGAAAUCUUCUGACUCUUGACGAGAAGGACCCUCGCCGUAUUUUUGAGGGUGAAGCCCUUCUGAGGAGGAUGAACAGGUAUGGGCUGCUGGAUGAGAGCCAGAAUAAGCUCGAUUAUGUCUUGGCCCUCACAGUAGAGAAUUUCCUUGAGCGCCGCCUGCAAACUUUAGUGUUUAAGGCAGGUAUGGCUAAGUCAAUCCACCAUGCCAGAGUGCUCAUCAGGCAAAGGCAUAUCAGAGUUGGUCGACAAGUUGUCAACGUUGCCUCAUUUAUGGUGAGAGUGGAUUCCCAGAAGCACAUUGAUUUCUCUCUCACGAGUCCAUUUGGUGGUGGUCGCCCUGGUAGAGUGAAGCGAAAGAACCAGAAGGCAGCUGCAAAGAAGGCUUCCGGUGGUGACGGGGAUGAAGAUGAUGAAGAGUGA